GAGAAGGAGAAGCUGACAAGAACAGGGUUCCAGGCUUUGGCGGGAUGUCUCUUUUCUUCUAAUACUAUAUUAAUCUUCUCUAAUGUUAAAAGUCAUUCCUAUUUCUAGUCUUCAUUACCCUGAAAGCUGAAGUUUCACCUUCAAUCUCACCUUAUUUAUUUAAUUCCCAUAUUCAAAUAAAUCUCUUAAUUAUUCCAUAAUCUCUUCUCUAAUUUAAGCAACAAGCGUCACUCUCUCUCAGAAAAAGCUAUCAUAAACACUAAACGGGCACUCCCUCUCUCUGAAGCUUGACAAGGAGAGAAGACACAGUCUCUGCUUUCGCUUCCACCUUAAGCACCUGCAGAUCCGCCAGUUGGGUUUGGAUCGGGCCGUUUUCUUUGGCGUGCAUUUCGAUAUCGUUUCUGGGUCUGGCGUUUUAGGGAGGUUUCUGCCUCAUUGAAGCAGCUGAAUAGCUGAUGAUAGAUUGAUUUUUCAGUAAUGUCAAGGAUCACGAAAUGGAAGCUGGAGAAAACAAAAUUAAAAGUGGUCUUCCGGCUACAAUUUCAUGCUACACAUAUUCCACAAUCAGGAUGGGAUAAGAUUUUUAUAUCUUUCAUUCCUACUGAUUCUGGAAAAGCAACGGCAAAGACAACCAAAGCCAAUGUGAGAAAUGGGACCUGUAAAUGGGCAGAUCCCAUCUAUGAGACAACCAGACUUCUCCAAGAUAUCAAAACCAAGCAAUAUGAUGAAAAACUCUAUAAGCUUGUUAUGGCAAUGGGUUCAUCACGAUCUAGUAUACUUGGUGAGGCUAUCAUCAACCUUGCUGAUUAUGCUGAUGCAUUAAAUCCUUCUGUCAUUGCUCUGCCUCUUCAUGGAUGUGACUCUGGCACUAUUUUACAUGUCACUGUGCAGCUGCUUACUUCUAAAACUGGUUUUAGAGAGUUUGAGCAGCAGAGAGAAAUUAGAGAAAGGGGAUUACAGACUGACCAAAAUAGUCCUGAUGAAUCUUCUGGCCCAAAAGUAUCAUCUUCAGAAGUCAGUGAACAGAUAGAUAAGGUAAAUAAAAGAGUUAGAUUCAAAGAAAAAUCUAAAGAUCUUGCUUCAGUUGAGGAAGAGGUGGGGCCAAAUGAAGAAUGUGCAGAUUCAGCUGUAGGAUUUGAUGGCUCUUCCAAUACUGCAGAAAGUUUAUACGCUGAGAAGCAUGAAACCUCCAGCACACAUGAAAUUGACAGCCUUAGGAGUAUUGUCUCUGGUGAUUUAGCUGGAUUUUCCCUGGGUCAAAGUCCUCAGCUGGAGAAGGGGGAUCCUUCUGAUCAUCGGUUUUCUGUGCAGGGAACCAAUGACUGGGUUCAUGGCUGGAGUUCAGACUAUUCUGUCGACGGUGACUUGGCAGCAGCUUAUGAAGAGAAUAGUAGGCUUAGAGGAAGCUUGGAAGUAGCUCAGUCAUCUAUUCAUGAGCUUAAAUUGGAGGUAAGCUCAUUACAGAGUCAUGCUGAUGACAUAGGUCAUGAAGCACAGAAAUUUGCUAAGCAACUUGCUGCUGAGAUUGUUUCUGGAGAGGAGCUGGUAAAAGAGGUAUCUGUGCUGAAAUCAGAGUGUUCAAAGUUGAAAGGUGAUCUUGAACAGCUAAAGAUUUCUAAAUUAUGCCCUCCAUUUAGCAGCAGGGGAGCUUCUGAGCCAGAACAGGAUCACAUAUUUCAAGAUUUACAGCUCAGAUGGCUAAAGGGGCUUUUGGACAUGGAGGAUAAAAUAAGAGAGCUUCAAAAUAAGACAUGCUUUGGCUAUGACAAAAAGGACUUCAUAUUCGUUCAUUCAGGCAUGGAGACAUUGCUUGGUAUCUUGAAUAAUCUCAAACAAGCAAGUGGACUAGCAGUUUCCAGUCUCAACUUGAAACCCUCAGAAGAAGUGAGCAUGGAGGAGAUUAAAGAAAUGAGUUCACAUAAAAAUGGCCAGUUUGCAACAGGUACAGGGUUUGAUGUGGACUUAUAUCAACCGGAGCUCGGUAUGCUUCAUUGUCUUAACAUACCUGGCCUGAUUUCUCAUGAAGCUGAUGCUGUAGAUACAAUCAAUGCAAUGAAAAGCAAGAUUUUUGAGCUUUUGAGAGAGUUGGAUGAGUCAAAAGCAGAAUGGGAGAGCCUUGCCAAGAAAAUGGACCAGAUGGAGUGCUACUAUGAAGCCCUUGUCCGGGAACUCGAGGAAAAUCAGAGUCAGAUGCUGCAUGAGUUGCAAAGUCUCAGAAAUGAGCACUCAACUUGCUUGUAUACAGUUUCGUCCGCUAAGGCUGAGAUGGAGUCUACUUGCCAAGACCUGAAUAAUCAGAUAUUAAGACUUGCUGAAGACAAACAUGAUAUAGAUUCCCUCAACAAAGAGCUUGAAAGAAGGGCUGUGACUGCAGAAGCAGCACUCAAACGGGCACGUUUGAACUACUCUAUCGCUGUGGACCAGUUACAGAAGGACCUUGAACUGCUUUCUUUCCAGGUUUUGUCUAUGUAUGAGACUAAUGAGAAUCUCAUAAGGCAAGCCUUUGUAUAUUCUUCACAAGAAAGUGUUCAAGGAUUUGAUUCGGGGGAAUAUGGAGCAAAACUCUUGCAAUUUCAAAAUCAAUCUGAUGGCUUAAGGAAACAGCAGUUGGGUGGAGAUUCUCUUCUAGAUGACUUGAAGAGAUCACUCCACUUACGGGAAGGUCUUUACCAGAAGGUUGAAGAAGAAGUUUGUGAAAUGCAUUUUGUGAAUAUCUACUUGGAUGUGCUUUCAAGGGCUCUCCAGGAAACUUUGCUCUGUUCAAAUGAAGAUGUAAAGCUUAUGAAUGAGGAAGUAAAUGAGCUUAAGCAGCAGCUAGUGCUUUCAGCUGAGUCAAAGGCAUUACUGAUGCAAAAGUUGCAGACUGCAAUGGAUGAUGUUCACUUUCUCAAUGAGUACAAGGCUAAUUGCAUUGCUAAGUGUGAUGAUAUAACUCAACAAAAACAAUGUUUGGAGGUGAGUUUACAAAAUGUGACCCAUGACAAUCAUCAUCUUGUGCAGAAGAUUACUCAAUUGGAAGCUCAGGUGAUUCAAUACAGAGGCUUUGAGAGCAAGUAUGAGGCGUGUUCUUCAGAGAAUGCAGAUUUGGCAUGCUUGUUGGAAAAGAAAACCCUAGAAAAUGGGAUUCUUCAACGUGAGAACUUCUCUUUGCAGGAUGAGUUGAAAACUAUCAAAACUGAGUUUGAUGAGCUGGCUUCUCAGAAGCAAAACCUGCAGAAUUUUGUCAAUUUUAUGCAAUGUAAAUUGCAGAACUUACUGGCAUCCAAUGACAACAAAAAUAUCACUGGAUUGCCUCCCUUGAGUGAAUCUGACAAUCCGGAUUUGCUGUCCAGGGACUUAAUUGGUGUUGUAAUGCAAUUGGAAGAGCUUCAGCAUAAUGCAUGUGAAAGGAUUCUCCAACUUGUAGAAGAGAAGAAAUGUCUAAUGCAUGAAAGAGAUGUUGCACAACUGUCCACUAUUGCAGCUGAAUCUGAGAUUACAAUGUUGAAGCAGAAGUUUGAACAUGAAAUAAUGAAGAUGGUGGAUAAAUUAGAUGUGUCGAAUGCGUUGCUGCAGAAGCUUCAAUUAUAUAUUGACACUUUUGCUAACAGACUUGAGGUUAGCUCCAAAAUUGAAGAAAGAUUCACAGAGCAGCACAAUGAGCUUUUCUCUGAUCUUGAUCGUCUAGAAGUUGGGCUAGAAGAACUUACUUCUAAGAAUAGGGACCUUGCUCAUGAAAUCUUAGUAUUAGAGACCGUGACGGCAACAGAACUCACCAAGGAAAACCAUGCUUUAACAGCAUCUUUGCAGGAUAAAAAUGAGGAAUGCAUCAAGCUUGCAUCAGAACUGAAGAUCUUGAAAGAAAGUUUGCAAUCUCUGUAUGAUGAAAAUCAGGCUUUGAUGGCAUCUUCAAGGGAUAAAACAGAGGAGUCUGUAUGGCUUGCAUCAGGGUUAAGCAAUAUAGGAAAUAACUUGCAAUCUCUAAUUGAUGAAAACCAAGCUUUGAGUAUAUCUUCACUUGAUAAAGCUGCAGAAGCUGCCAACCUUGAUGAAAAUCAGGCUUUGAUGAUGCCUUCACUGGAUAAAACUGAGGAAUCUGUCAAACUUGCAUUGGAGCUUGGCAGUUUGAAGCAAAGCUUGCAGUCUCUACAUAAUGAAAAGAAAACUUGGAUUGCGUCAAUGGAAGAAUCUGCCAGGCUUGCAACAGAACUAAACCAUUUGAAAGAAAGUUUGCAGUCUCUGCAUCAUGAAAAUCAAGCUUUGGUGGCAUCUUCACAGGAUAAAACUGAAGAAUCUGCCAAACUUGCAUUGGAGCUUAGCUGUUUAAAAGAAAGUUUGCGGUGUCUAAAUGACGAGAAACAAACUUUGAUUACAUCUUUACAAAAUAAAAUCGAGGAAUCUGCUAAUCUUGCAUUGGAGCUAAACCAUUUUAAAGAAGCUUUGAAAUCUCUGGAUGAUGAAAAACAAGCUCUGAUGGCUACUUUACAGGAUAAAACUGAGGAAACUUCCAAGCUUGCAUCAGAGCUUAACAGUUUGAAAGAGAGUUUGCAGACUCUGCAUGAUGAAAAUGAAGUUUUGGUGGCGUACUCACUGGGCAAAUCUGAGGAAUCAGCCAAGAUUGAAUCAGAGUUAAAUAGUUUGAAAGAAUGUCUUCAAUCUCUGCACAAUGAAAACCAAGCUUUGAUGCUGUCUUCACGGGAUAAAACUAAUGAGUGUGUUCAGCUUGCGUCAGAGCUGAACAGGCUGGGAGAGAGUUUGCAAUCUAUUCAUGAUCAAUUGGAAGAAGAGAGGAGCUUGAGAGAGAGUUUAGAGGGUAAAAUUACAGAUCAAACUUCCAAAUUAAAUGAGAAGGAAUUUCAGUUGCUCCAUCUCAAGAAAUUGGUGUCAGAUCUAGAAUUGGAUAAAUUGAGAGUUUGCAAUCUUUUGUCUCACUAUGAUGACAGCCUCAAAAGUACUCGUGAAGAAUGUUCUUCUCUUGCUGGUCUUGAAUCUGAGUUAAGUGAAAUGCAUGAACUGUUAAUAGCAGCAGAUGUCAAACUAAUUUUCACAAAAACUCAGUGUGAAUGGAGGGCUGGAGAGCUGGUUUUGCUGCUUUCCACCUCGGAUAGGCAUCUUGCUGAACUUCAGAAGAAGCAUAUUGAUGUAGAAACAACCCUAAAUCGAUGUCUUGCCAGUGAAGCCCAAUACAUUGAAGAGAAUGCAAAUCUGUUGACAAGUCUCAACUCCAUUAGAUCUGCGAUAGAGGCAUAUAUUAAUGAAAAUAGGUUACUUCUUGAGGCAAACAGAGUUACAGCAGCUGAGCUUGAGGAAUACAAGUAUCGGGAUCAAAAUGUUGGGCUUAGAGAUUUUGAGGAUAAAAGUCAGCAUUGCCUAGAGGUUGAAAGGCUGAAGCAUGCAUUGUUGAGUUCUGAAGAAGAGAUUGACAGUCUGAUGUUCUCCAAGGAAGAACUGGAAGUCAAAGUUCUUGUACUCAAAGCCAAAUUAGAUGAGCAGCAAGAUCAGAUAAUUUCAAUGGAAGGAUACAGUGAUGAACUUAUGAUGCUGAGGAAACAGUGUAAUGAACUCACCAGGAGGCUCACAGAACAGAUUUUGAAGACAGAAGAGUUUAGAAACUUGUCUGUUCAUUUGAAGGAGCUUAAAGACAAGGCUGAUGCUGAGUGUAUCCAGGCUCGUGCAAAAAGAGAACCUGAAGCUCUGCCAGUUGCUAUGCAAGAGUCCUUGAGGAUUGCAUUUAUCAAAGAGCAGUAUGAAACAAGGCUGCAAGAACUGAAGCAGCAGCUGUCCAUCUCCAGAAAGCAUAGUGAAGAAAUGUUGUGGAAAUUGCAAGAUGCCAUUGAUGAAAUUGAGAACAGGAAGAAAUCUGAAGCCUGCCAUCUUAAGAAAAAUGAAGAACUGGGAAUGAAGAUCUUGGAAUUGGAGGCUGAAUUACAAUCAUUGCUUUCUGACAAGCAUGAAAGAAUGAAUGCUUAUGACCUGAUGAAAGCUGAGAUGGAAUGUUCAUUAAUAAGCCUAGAGUGCUGCAAAGAAGAAAAGCAAAAACUUCAGGCAUGUUUGCAAGAAUGCAAUCAGGAAAAGUCUAAAAUUGCAGUUGAACUUGCUCAGAUGAAAGAAUUGAUGGAGAAUUCGAAAUUGGCCAUGAAUAUUCAGGAGGAAAGAAAUGAUGGAUUCUGCAAAGUGGAUUGCAUGUCUUCUGAUGAGUCAGUUUUCAGAAAUGUCUACCAUGAGAAUCCCAUUGCUGAUGCGUCAAUCUUUGGAAGAAGAAGUGUAGAUGCAGCUCCUACAUAUGGUCCAACUAGGGACGCAAGUCUCAAGUGCUUCAAACAGGAUAGUUCAAGGAAUUUUGAAGAAGCUGAAUGUUCAUCCCCAGCUUCCAUUAACACAGUUGACCAAGCAAACACACUCAUUAAUAUGCAACUGGACCAGGAUGUUCUUGUAUCUAGUGGUGUGAAUGGAAUUCAAAGUCCCAUAUUCCUAAAUCAAGACAAGUUGCUGCAUAGUGACAUGAAGCAUUUAGCUCUUAUCAAUGAACAUUUCAGAGCCAAAAGUUUAAAGUCUAGCAUGGACCACUUGAGUAAUGAGUUGGAGAGGAUGAAAAAUGAGAAUUCACUUCUGCAAGAUGAUCAUGAUUUUCACCAAAAAUUUCCUACUAUACGAAGAGAAUUUAUGCAGUUACAAAAGGCCAAUGAAGAACUAGGAAGCAUGUUCCCCUUGUUUAAUGAAUUUCCAGGGAGAGGCAAUGCAUUAGAAAGGGUUCUUGCUUUAGAAAUUGAGCUUGCAGAAGCUCUGCAGGGAAAGAAGAGAUCAAGCAUUCAUUUUCAGAGUUCUUUCUUGAAACAACACAGUGAUGAGGAAGCAGUAUUCAAAAGCUUUAGAGAUAUAAAUGAGCUGAUUAAAGACAUGCUGGAACUAAAGGGAAGGUAUACAGCUGUGGAAACAGAACUAAAAGAGAUGCAUGAUCGCUACUCUCAGCUAAGCCUUCAAUUUGCAGAGGUUGAAGGGGAGAGACAGAAACUCUUGAUGACACUUAAGAAUGUCCGUGCAUCCAAUAAGGCCGUACACUUAAAUCGGUCCUCAUCAGCCUCAAUUGGGGACCAUUCCUUGUAGCCAUUUAACAGGAGUUUGUUAGUGUCCUUUUUGCGAAGUCUCAAGAAUCCCCAUUUUACCCAUUUAGAAGUUAUCAUCUUGCUUUGCCACUGGAAUUAGUUAUGUAGACUGUCUGGCGGUUAUUCAAGGGGAACCUAGUUUUUCGAAAUGCUAUUUUCAGAUGUUUACAAGCCUGGUAAGGAUGUCACAAGAUUAGACGUGUAAAUAAAACUGUAUUUACUGGGUGUUAUCCCCCAGUUGUUACUAUCAUAAGGUAUAGAUACCUGUAACAUUAUGGCAUUUUGGUCCCAGUGUUGUAAUUAAUUAUACUGUACAGCAAAUUCAUUGAAAAAUCAAUUUGUUUAAUCACAGCAACAAGUGAGAAAAAAGCAUUUCCUUCA